AAGCAUGGAACCGCCGUUUGAGUGGUCUCCCCAGUUUAUUCUGCUUCUCCUAGCAGUUACAACCUACGGAUUUCCACUCGAGGAGAAAUUCGAUGGGCUCUUCCGUGCAGAGCCACCACACUGUUCCAAGACACCAAUUGUCCGUGCUCAAACAUCUCAAAAUGCGAUGUCAUCAAUUGCAAGAGGAAUGCAAAUGCAAUUCUCAAUUGGUUUGCACACUGCAGUCUGCUUCAGAUUAUAUGAAGACACUCAACUCGCAUCCCAAGAGAUCAAUGAUGAUGAAAAUGCUGGAAAUCAGACAUCACUUCUUCAUACUAUUCGAUUGGAAAAGCUUGAACAUCACCAUCCGAUAACUCAGCGGUACACUUUUGGAAUCCCUGAAGUUCAUGCCAGUUGUAUCUGUGAGUGUGAUGCCACAUCUUCAACAUGUACCGCAGAAUCUCAUCAGUUUACCGCUUGUCCAGAGUCUGAUAAGUCUGAUGAAACAUCUUCAUGCUACCGCACGUUCUUCCCAAAUCAGACACCAAUCGGGUGCAGUGAAGACGACAUCCCCAAGCUUUGCUGUGACGUUCGAUUCAAGCCAUAUAAAAAUAUGACAUUCCUCGCAGUCAAACUAGAACAACCUACAACGUAUGCAACAUUUGUCUACGCAGCUUAUGAUUUUGUAAAUGGAUAUUGGGUGGAAAAAGAUAAAACUAAAAUCCGUUCUCAAUUAGAUGGUGGAACACAGGAUAGGCAUCUCGACCAAAAACGUCGAAUUUCAUUGGCUGUAACUGCCGGAGGACGAGCAUCUCAUCAACUGGAGACAGGAAUGUAUUUCUCAAGAACAAGUAAUGGAGGAGAAACAGAAGAACUGAGAAUGCAACCAUUGAAUGAGAUUACAGACAAUAACUUUGACCGUCUUGGAUGGUACAGAAUGGACGAUUCUGGUCAUUUUCAUGUGAAUAAUGGAGUUGUGAAAAUGGAUGAUAUUCACAAGGCUAAAGUGAAAAAUUGCAAAGAGCAAACUUAUAAAUCAAUUCUCUCUGCAAAUCAUUAUAUGCCAGGACAUUUCAAUUUGACUCGUCCACUUGAAGUUAUCAAACCGUGGAUUCAAUCUGCUCGAAUUUUUGAUAGUUCUCUCAGACAAGCUGUUGUAACACAUGCCGAAGGAACUAAUCUUCAAAUUUCAAUUCACUUGGAUGACGAGGUGGAAAGUCAAAACCUUGUCUUCUUCCAUAAUGCAUCAAGAAUUCGUGACUUCAGUGGAUCCAUCAUCGUUGAUUCAAAAUCAAAUCGAUUGUUCAACUUGACAGUAUAUGAGGCUUCUGGAAAAAUUGAUGGAUCAGUGAAGAUGUCAACUGGAUUUGGAUCUGAUACAAUUCACACAUUCACUGCUUAUGUUAGUGAUCUUCAUGCUUCAAACCGUUCUAUGAUUAUUCCACUGCCAGCCAUCGUUGGACAAGGAGCCAGAGCAAUCUGUCUCCGAGCAGAUUCAAUGGCUGAUAUUGACAAAAUUUGUCAUGUCAUUGAGUAUUUCGAGAGCCCUUUGGAAAUCGAUCUUGUUGAGGGAAAAUGGCACGAAAUGAUUGGAACCUGCCCAACUUGUAAUCAAAUCAAUUUCAAUGGAAUGAUGAAAUUUCUGAAUCCAGCUCAUUGGAUCAAAGGAAUCAGUUCGAUUGGUGACGGCGUUAUGAUUGCUACGGAUAUUGUUGUGUAUCUCGGAGUUUUGUGUAUUCUGUAUCUUCUUAUUACGAAGAUUAUUGUUCCGUUGGUUCGUUGCUGGGUAUGCCCCAUGUCGAUUUUCUGCAAUGGGUCCUCUUCGUCGUCCAAAAACAAAAAUGAUAAGAGAAGGAAGGAGAGAGAGGAGAGGCGCAGAAAGGACAAAUUUGUCUCAGAAUCCGAAGAUGGUGCAAGAAGUAGUUCCGAGCCCCACGACACUUUGGCGAGAUACCAUGGAAAUCACUCGGAGCGGCACUAUAGCAGUAGCCAGUACAUUUGAUUUCAUCUGAUCAUGCAUUUCUUCAUAUUCAUCUUGUCACAUUGCUAAUAAUCUCGUUCAAUUUAUGGGUACACACAGUGCUGAUUCGACGACGCGUAUUUUUUCUUUUUCCCAAUUCUCAAUUUUCAGUUUUGAAUUUUGAAUAUUUCCAUUUAAUACCAUAACGGGUAUCUGAAUUUAUUUCUAAAGCCGAUUGUAAUUUUGUGAUACCAUUUGCCUAUUUCUUUCCUAUUCUUCUUAUACCAAUGUCUACUGUUCCCCUCUGUGCCUUUCAAUGUUUCCAACGGUGCUUCCCCCCAUGAGACCAAAUUUGUAAAUCGCCUGCGGUGCGGGUGUUUUUGAAAAAUAAAUUUAUUGACUCU